GGACGAUGACACUUUAGCUAUCGCAACAGUCUUUGGGAUAGUUGUUUGUUCUUAUCUAUACACAAAUGUGGAUAUGAGCAGCGGCUAUACUCGCAUUUUAAUAUUGUUUGAUUGCUCAACAUGUCAAGCGUGUUAUCAUUCAUCGGCUGGGCCGUUCUACCAAACUAUGUAACCUCCCUGCUCCAAAACCUCUACUACGGGCUCACCAUCCGCGCCGGUGAUCCACGACCUCAACCCGGCACACCGCGCUUCGACAAACACCGCCGCCGUAUCUUCAUCUUCGUCGUCACCCUCUACCUCUUCUACACAAUAUACGAAAGUUUCUACGAAGUACGCGCUGCGGGGGACUUUUACAGCGUAUUGGGUGUUUCACCCUCGGCCGAUGAGCGUACCAUCAAAUCUCGAUUUCGGCGGCUGGCCGCUCAACAUCAUCCCGAUAAGCUGAAUCAUCAGCAGCAGACUCUGUCUGAUAGUUCCUUUGUAUAUUUGAAACUAGCUCAGGAUACGCUUUUGGAUCCGGCGGUUCGGUUUGGUUACGACAGAUUCGGACCGCAGGUGAACGAAUGGAGGAAUAGUAGUACAGUGCGUGAUUUCCUGUACGCGGGUUUGAAACAAUCCUUGACUCAGUAUAUUGGGGGUUUGGGAACGAUAUUAGUGCUGAAUUGGGUUUAUUGGUCGGCAUGGGGUCGAUACUGGCGAUUCUAUACCUUUGCUGCUUUGGUUGUUCUUGAGCUUGUCCUAGUCACGCAGCCGUUCUCUCUCGUUAUAUCAUCAACCUACAUCCCUACAUUUCUCCGAUCAUACAUCGGUCUCAGCAAAAACCAAACUGCACAAGUUUUAUACCUCCUACCGUUUCAAAUGAUUUCCCUCGCGCGCCGAGUAUCGAUUACAGUGCACAUCUUCAUUUCGCAAAUCGCACCUCUCUACGUGUCCCGACAAACUUCAUCUGCGAGCGGAGGAGGAUUGAAGCCCGAGACCCUCCAGCGACUAGGCCACGUAGCGCAAUUGUCGCGGAUGACUGAUACGGAAGCUUCGAGAUUGUUGGAGUUGUCCCUUAGUCCGUUCCGAGGGGAUCGGGAAAGUGUGUCGGUACUCCGGCGUGGAAUGAAGGAGGGCUUGGUUUUGGGGAGUGUGCGAAGUGCGUCUGAGGUUCAGGAGGCGGUUGCUCAGGUGCAGAGGCGGAGGGGCGGCUCGGUAGUAUAGAUUAUUGAUUUUAUUAUACCAAG